AUGGCGGACGUUGAGACCGAUGUGGCGGCAGCCGGAGUUCCCAAGAAGAGGACGUUCAAGAAGUUCAGCUUCAGAGGUGUCGAUUUGGAUGCUCUUCUCGACAUGUCGACUGAUGAGCUUGUCAAGCUCUUCCCUGCCAGAGCUCGCAGAAGGUUUCAGAGGGGUCUCAAGCGCAAGCCCAUGGCUUUGAUCAAGAAGCUGCGCAAAGCGAAAAGGGAGGCUCCACCCGGUGAAAAGCCAGAACCAGUCCGCACUCAUCUGCGUAACAUGAUUAUAGUGCCAGAAAUGAUUGGAAGCAUUAUUGGUGUGUACAAUGGUAAGACCUUCAAUCAGGUUGAAAUCAAGCCUGAAAUGAUCAGCCACUACCUUGCUGAGUUCUCAAUCUCAUACAAGCCUGUGAAGCACGGUAGGCCUGGUAUUGGUGCCACCCACUCUUCGAGGUUCAUUCCUCUUAAGUGA